GUAGAUACCAAAGAUAGAACGUGGGCCAAUUUAGUUCUCAGAAAAAUGUUGUCAUCUUCUCUUUUCCACAAUUCUCCACAUUUCACACACCACCUCACCUUCCACUCCAACACUACAAAACCCACUUGCAACCUUUAACCGCUUAAUAACCACAUAAAUUUUCAAUUUCAAUUUCAAUUUCUCACAUCAAUCACACAAAAAAAAAAAAUUGCACAAAGAUCAUCACUUUUUGCUUCGAGGAGAGAGAAAAUCAAGCAAAAAUGAAGGAGAGAGAAAAUUCUUCCGGCGCUUUAGUUCCGGCGGUGAAGCCUUUAUCGGUAUUGGCGCCGGAAUCCGCCAUUGCCGGCGAUGAAAUCGAGGUUUCUCCGACGGAAACUGAUAAAGAUUUAAUGUGUCCGAUUUGUAUGCAGAUGAUUAAAGACGCGUUUCUUACAGCUUGUGGACAUAGUUUUUGUUACAUGUGUAUUAUUACGCAUCUUCGGAAUAAGAGUGAUUGUCCUUGUUGUGGUCGUCAUCUUACUAAUAAUCAACUUUACCCUAAUUUUCUUCUUGAUAAGCUAUUGAAGAAGGCUUCGGUUCGUCAAGUUUCGAGAAAUGCAUCUCCUGUUGAGCAAUUUCGUCGUGCAUUGUUGCAGGGUUGUGAAGUAUCAGUCAAGGAGGUGGACACCCUCAUGUCUCUUCUUGCAGAGAAAAAGAGAAAGAUGGAGCAAGAAGAAGCAGAGAGGAAUAUGCAGAUUUUGCUAGAUUUCCUGCAUUGCUUGAGGAAGCAGAAAGUUGAUGAACUUAGUGAGAUUCAAGGUGACCUUCAGUACAUUAAAGAGGACAUCACUGCUGUGGAGAGACAUAGGAUGGAAUUAUAUCGAGCAAGGGAUAGGUACUCAGUGAAACUGAGAAUGCUCAGUGACGAUCCUUCCCCAAAAUUAUGGCCUUCAACAGCUGAUAGGAGUGGUGGUGGUGUAUCUUCUGGUUCUCGUAGCUCACUUGGAGGGUUGGCUGCAGGAAGUUUCCAGAACAAGAAGAUGGAUGGAAAGGCUCAAGGCUCCCAAGGGCCUUUAAGAAAGGAUGCUUUAGGUGGUUUAGACUCACAAUACAUUAGCCAGUCAGGUUUGGCUGUGAUGAGAAAAAAAAGAAUCCAUGUGCAGUUCAAUGACUUGCAAGAAUGUUACUUGCAAAAGCGUCGCCAAUUGGGUGGCCAGCCAGUCAGACAAGAUGAAAGGGAUCCAACGUUUAUGCAGAGAGAAGGCUAUACUGCAGGUCUUGCUGAGUUUCAAUCUGUACUGUCCACAUUCACUCGUUACAGUCGCUUAAGAGUUAUAGCAGAACUCAAACACGGGGACCCUUUUCAUUCAGCCAAUAUCGUAUCAAGCAUAGAAUUUGACCGUGAUGAUGAGUUAUUUGCUACAGCUGGUGUUUCUCGAAGAAUUAAAGUUUUCGACUUCUCCUCGGUUGUGAAUGAACCUGCUGAUGCACACUGUCCGGUUGUUGAGAUAUCAACUUUGUCCAAACUCAGUUGUUUGAGCUGGAACAAGUUUACUAAGAAUCAAAUAGCUAGUAGUGAUUAUGAGGGAAUAGUUACUGUAUGGGAUGUGACAACGCGCCAGAGUGUGAUGGAGUAUGAAGAGCAUGAAAAACGGGCAUGGAGUGUCGAUUUCUCGUGCACAGAACCUUCAAUGCUUGUAUCUGGCAGUGAUGACUGUAAGGUAAAAGUGUGGUGUACAAAGCAGGAAGCUAGCGUGCUUAACAUUGACAUGAAGGCAAAUAUAUGUUGUGUCAAGUACAAUCCAGGAUCUAGCUAUCAUAUUGCGGUUGGUUCUGCUGACCAUCAUAUUCAUUAUUAUGAUUUGAGAAAUAUAAGCCAGCCAGUUCAUGUCUUUGGUGGGCAUAAGAAAGCUGUUUCAUAUGUCAAAUUCUUAUCAACUUAUGAGCUUGCUUCAGCAUCAACAGACAGCACAUUGAGGCUGUGGGAUGUGAAAGAAAGCUUACCAGUUCGUACAUUUAGGGGCCAUACUAACGAGAAGAACUUCGUAGGACUUUCUGUAAACAGUGAAUACAUUGCCUGCGGUAGUGAAACUAACGAAGUAUUUGUAUAUCACAAGGAAAUUUCUAGACCGGUAACAUGUCAUAAAUUUGGAUCACCGGAUGUUGAAGACGCGGAUGAAGAUGCUGGAGCCUAUUUUAUCAGUGCUGUAUGCUGGAAGAGUGAUAGUCCUACAUUGUUAACUGCCAAUAGUCAAGGAACAAUAAAGGUGCUAGUGCUUGCUGCUUAAAGUGAACCUCAGUUGAUUAUUGUAGGAAUGAAAAUUUGAUCAAUGCUUCAAUUAUUCAUAGAUUCUCCCCCUUUUUAUUGCUCAUUUCUGUAUAUAUCAUGUCCUUGGUGAUAUGUCAUAACAAGGUCUCCGUAUCUGUUAUGUUCUGUAAAGUUAUCAUCUCCUAGUAGAGUGAUGCAGACUUUGUGGCUCGGAUAAUGUAACGCUCCAGCCACUUGCCGGAUGGAUCUAAUUUCAAUUGUUAUGAUCACACAUAUAUCAACAGUUUGAAACAAACUUUACAAGAAACUACUUUUUGGCUAAUUCGGCCUGAAUAAUGUCAAUCUCUCUAUGCACAAGUGUAGAAAUGAAGUUCGUAUGUUUA